AUGGUGCAAGCUGAGUCCUCAUCCAGUGCCGCCCGCAAUGGCGUCAAGGCUUCAACAGCAGGAGCUCCGCCAGACUACGAACUCCCCUGGGUGGAAAAGUACCGUCCUAUCUUCCUCGACGACAUUGUUGGCAACACCGAGACCGUCGAGCGCCUCAAAAUCAUCGCCAAAGAUGGCAAUAUGCCGCACGUUAUUAUCUCCGGCAUGCCUGGUAUUGGAAAGACCACCUCGGUCCUGUGUCUGGCGAGACAAUUGCUAGGCGAUGCGUACAAGGAGGCAGUUCUGGAGUUGAAUGCCAGUGACGAGAGAGGUAUUGAUGUGGUCCGCAAUCGGAUCAAGGGCUUCGCACAGAAGAAAGUGACGCUUCCGCCGGGGAAGCAUAAGGUGGUCAUCCUGGAUGAGGCUGAUAGUAUGACGCCCGGUGCGCAGCAGGCUCUGCGCCGUACAAUGGAAAUCUACUCGUCGACUACCCGAUUCGCUUUUGCCUGCAACCAGUCCAACAAGAUCAUCGAGCCUAUUCAGUCGCGCUGUGCUAUCCUCCGGUAUGCGCGACUGACGGACGCACAAGUCGUCAAGCGUCUCAUGCAAAUCUGCGAAGCGGAGAAGAUCGAGCACUCUGAGGACGGAAUUGCGGCCCUGGUCUUCAGCGCGGAGGGUGAUAUGCGCCAGGCCAUCAAUAACCUGCAGAGUACCUGGUCUGGCUUUGGGUUCGUCAGUGGAGACAAUGUGUUUCGCGUGGUCGACAGCCCGCACCCGGUCAAGGUGCAGGCUAUGCUCAAGGCCUGCUGGGAGGGCAAAGUCGAUGUGGCGCUGGAGACAUUGAAUGAGCUGUGGAACCUGGGGUAUUCCUCCCACGACAUCAUUAGCACCAUGUUCCGCGUCACCAAGACCAUUCCCACCCUCUCAGAGCACUCCAAGCUAGAGUUCAUCCGCGAGAUUGGCUUCACCCACAUGCGCAUCCUAGAUGGUGUGCAGUCGCUGCUCCAGCUGAGCGGCUGUGUAGCCAAACUCUGCAAGAUCAACAUGAAGCCCGAGCUCUUUGAACCUCCGAAGGCUUGA